AUGAUUCUCAUAGACGGGGUCAAAUUCUCGUGUAUUGAAUGCAUUCGUGGGCAUAGGUCAUCUAGGUGUCGUCAUUGUAAUCGUCCGUUAUUACAAGUUAGAUCGAAAGGUAGACCCAAUGUUUACGCAAACGGAAACCCCAACCAUAGGAUCGCUGUAUUUGCAGAAGAAGUUGCCUCUGAUGAAGAAGAUGGCACCAAAGGAGAUAGUGGAUCUGGGUGUCAUGGAAAUCCUGUUGUUAUUCUAAAAGCUUCGCUGAAACAAGUCAUGGACCUCACUGACGGACUGAUUAUUGGACCUUACGACCAAACAAAAGCAAACAUAAAUUCAUCUUCUCGACCUCCACCUCCUGUGGUGAGUAGUGAAAGCUUUAUAAAUUCCACAAGCUGUUGUAGUGGCUUGAAGCUGAAAACAGACUGUGGAUGUGCACACAAUAAUUCGAAGAAAACUAUUAAUAAGUCUAGAAUAUUAAAGACAUACCUAAAGAAUAGGAUGAUACAGAACCGCCAGGCUGAGGAUACGCAAUGGACCUUUAUAGAUCAUUCUCAGGAGAUUAAGAAGAAGAGCCCAGAAAUUAAAAGGGAACCCAAUAAUGAAAAUGAAAAGUUUUGUGUGUUUAGUAUACCUUCAUGUUCUAUUCCUGGAUCAUGCGGCUGUGAUAGCAAUUGCACCUGCGCUGGCUGUACUGUUCAUGGCAAUGUGAACUCAGCUACAAACGAAAUUAACGAACUUCUUUCAAACGAGAUCCUUUCAACGAAAUAUGAUCCUUACGACAAUAUAACUGCAAACAAUCGAAGCAUAUUUAAUGGUCAUGAUAAUGAGAUGAAUGAGCUGAGUGUCUACCCCCACAAACUAUUUGAUAAUAUUCCCUACUCAAAAGCUAGUGCCAAUCCUGAAUUUCUCGCGUCUGGUGAGGUGGAGGUCCCAAAACUAGAGAACGGUGACUUUUCUAAUUUCAACGCCUGUCAGUGCCAUCCCGAAAAUUGUGAAUGCUCAAACUGCGAAACACACGGCAUCAUUAACGGACUUAAGCUAGAUGACUUUUUCAGUUCAGCAUUCGAUUCAACCGUAUCGGCACAACUUGAGAAUCAUUCAAGUUUCCGUAACUAA